AUGACUAUCACAAUCACUGUUGAGAAGGAUGGGUACUAUGAGGUCAAUGGCACACGCCAGGAGCCCACUGUUUCUCUUUACGUUAUUCCCGCAGCUUCCAAGCUACGCCGGAUGCUGAAAGAUACCAAAGACCUUAUUGUGUGCCCGGGUGUUUAUGACGGUCUCUCCGCUCGUGUGGCCAUGGAAGUUGGAUUCAAAGGACUCUACAUGACGGGUGCUGGAACCACCGCCUCGCGCCUGGGGAUGGCAGAUCUGGGGUUAGCUCAGCUCCACGACAUGAAGACCAACGCAGAAAUGAUUGCCAACCUGGACCCAUUUGGUCCCCCAUUGAUAGCAGACAUGGAUACCGGCUAUGGAGGUCCAUUGAUGGUAUCAAAGUCCGUUCAACAAUACAUCCAAGCAGGUGUCGCUGGAUUUCACAUUGAGGACCAAAUCUCCAACAAGCGAUGUGGCCAUCUGGCAGGCAAGAAGGUAGUCGGCUUAGAUGAAUACCUAAUGCGGAUUCGAGCCGCCAAGUUGACGAAAGAUCGUCUUCACUCGGACAUUGUUUUGAUUGCACGAACGGACGCACUCCAGCAACAUGGCUACGAGGAAUGCAUUCGUAGGCUCAGAGCUGCGCGAGACAUUGGAGCCGACGUUGGUCUUCUUGAAGGCUUCACCUCUAAAGACCAAGCUCGACAGGCGGUUCAGGACCUCGCUCCUUGGCCCCUUCUCCUGAACAUGGUAGAGAAUGGAGCGACGCCGCUCAUCACUACAAAGGAAGCAGAAGAUAUGGGAUUCCGAAUCAUGAUAUUCUCCUUCGCUACCAUUACUCCUGCUUAUCUAGGUAUCAAGGCGACCCUGGAGCGCCUGAAGUCUGAAGGAAUCGUUGGUGUCCCCGAUGGAGUUGGACCGCGAAAGCUGUUUGAGGUCUGUGGAUUGAUGGACUCGAUGAAGAUUGACACGGAAUCUGGGAACGAUGGCUUUUCGGAAGGUGUUUGA